AUGACGCCGACGCCACGCGGAUUUGCGACGACGACCUUUUCGACGAUGCAAAGCCCGCGCCCGGUCGUCGCCCUCGCGCGCAAGUCUUUUCCGUGGAUGAGCGCGACGGGCCGCCCGACGCCGCUCCCGUGGUCCCCGGACGACGAUGGCGAAUACGACGACGACGACGGUGAGGAAGAAAAGAGCAAGACGAGCCCGGUGGUUGCGUCCGGUCCAGUGACGCCGACGCGUGGCGCCGGGUCGUAG